GCAUCUGGCUAUGUUAAAACUCGACCGGACUAUCACAAGAACAGUCUGAGGACAUACCUACUCUCACAAUACCAUUCACGGCCGCUGCACUUCAAAUAGGAUUUCAACUUAAUACAAAAUAUACAACAGAUCUUCUAUACUGGUGAUAAUAUGCAGAGUUUUCAGAUCAUUCUUGUGGCUGCUAUUUGUGCAGAGUCAGUCUCUGCGGUCUACUCAUCUCGGUGGCAUUUACCUCAUGGCCGUCAGUUAACUCUGGAUCUUCCUGAAAGGACAGAGACGUUAGAGUUUACUUCUGCUGAUGAGCAAGAGCAUUCAGUUAUCUGGGAAAAGAAACUGUUUACUCUCCGGAAUAAACCUACUAAAGGCCAAGUGUUAAAAGCCAAUGAUGGCUGGACCUACAUAAUAAAACAUGUCACCUUUGAUGAUGAGGGAACCUACACCCUGCGCAAUUACUGGAGUUCAGUUGUAUCCAGCUAUACACUGAAGGUCGAUACCAAAAAAGAAAUAAUUAAUCGUGUCGCAGGUGAAACUCUCACCAUACCUUUGGAAGGACUCAAGCAGAGUGAUGCCACUCUUCGCUUUUACAGCAACUAUUCAACUGUCACGCUGGUGGAAAGCGGAGUACCUGUGGGCAGGAAGGACCCAUACUACGCCAACCGGCUUAAAGUAGGCAGCGACAAUAUCCAAGUGCUCAAAGUUAAUGUGUCAGAUUUGGGCAGGUACAAACUGACCGAUCACAAAGGCCGAUUCAUCUCAAACACUACAAUGCUACUUGUUGAUCACCAUGAGUUCACUCCUAAUAAAGGUCUUUUAGCUCUUCUGCUGCUUAGCAUUCCUACUGGCCUUUGCUUUUGCUGCAGGAAGAGAAUCUGCAAAUGCAGGAACACUAAAACAAGUAAUACACACACAGUGCAGUCCUACACCCCUAAUCCCAUACCUGAAACUAUACCUCCUAGCAACACAGUGAUUGGUCCUGCAGCUCCUGAAGGCCCUGGCCAGGGCUUUGCUCCUGUAUAUCCCCCGCUUCCAGACCAAGGUCAGAUUCAUUACCCUCCUCAACCAAUGUGGAACGGACAACCUGCUGUUCCUCACAACCCUGGCUUUAAUCCUGAGCAUGUGCCUCAGAAUCCUAUCUAUCCUCCUAAUGUUGGACCUGGAUUUCCCCCUGCUCAACCUCCACAGUACAAUGUUCCUCCCAGCCAGUAUAAUCCAUCUGCACCUGUGGGCUACACUCCAGUGAUGAAUAGCGCUCCUACUGGGCCAGAGUUGAAGAUGAAUGAAGUGUCUCCUGCUGCACCACUGCUCAUGUCUGAGUCUGCCACACCCACUGUUUCCAUCGAUGUCCUCAACUCCUCGGAUGCUGGUGUCCAGUUUAGCACUGACAAAGGAAAGCCUUCAAGCAAUAACUUCCUGUAGUCACUCCAACAACCUAUGUAAUUAAUAUUACAAACUACCUAUAAUAUUAAUAUUUCCUGACUGUAAGACCUAAAGUGCACAAGAAACAAAUCUCUUGGGAAUAUUGAUUAGAUUUAUACAAGUAUGAUUUUUUUUUUAAUCCUUUCAUAAUAUGGAAGGACAGGUCAACCAUUGUUCAUUUGUUCAACCUUUAUUUUAAUAGUAGUAUCUUAAUAUUAAUCUUUUCUCAGAACAGAUUUGUCAUUAUUGGUCAAUGUUAAAUGACUGUUUCAUGGCUAAAAAUACCACCUAUGUCUAAAUGAAGUUGUUCAUUGCCAUAAUAAUGGAAUUGUAAGACUUCAUUUAAAGGAAUAUUCCAGGUUCAAUACAAGUUAAACUCAAUCGACAGCAGUUGUGGUAUAAUGUUGAUUACCAUUCUUUUCUGUACUUCUUGGUGUCAUUUACAAGGCUACCUCUAGAUUUUUAUCAAGAUACAGCAAACUGUUCAAUCAUAAUCUUUCCAUUUGUCUUAGCUCUUAAAUCUCAUUUGCAGUCAUUUUUUUUUCAAACAUGCACUGAUCGCGUUGUUGGUGAGAAGAUAACCAUAUUUUGGCUACUUUCUUUUUUAACAUAGUCAGAUCUAGUCUCUUAAGAGUCUUAGAACUGGACAGCAACUAACUGCCAAGAAUAGACAUCUAAAGUCUUGUAACUUGUUUAAACUAAUGUAACUUGUUGAAAUUGAAAUGUAGUAUCUGUAGUUCUGUAGCUGCUUAAACAGCAUCACAUAAGCCCCAAGAAUUAGCUGAAUAUGUGAAAAUAUACGUUACAGUUCAUUUUGAAUUUAAAAACAUGAUUAUCUAUAUAUGUUAAUAUACACAAUGCAUGUUAAAGUUUAUGCAUGGAAAUAAAUGCAGAUAUGUUAGUCUACUAAUUCAGGGAUUUUUUCAGCUACCACAAACAGCCUGCCUGUAGUUAUAUUUGCCAAGGGCACUUACAGGGAUGUUAGGUGGCCUUGAUGGUAAAGCGUAAUAACAAAUGCUGCAAACAACAGGGCAUUUAUAAUUGAAGCCCAACUAUGUAUGUGUGCAAAUUUUCCGUUCUAUUUAAAUAUGUAGUGGCAGAUAGUGGCAACAUUUUGACAUCUAUAGAGUUGGCAUUUACUGGCAUAUUGAUGCCUCACAUUAUAACUUAGGGCAUUUUCCAAACACUCGAAGGGUCGUUCCAAAUUAAAGAAAAUAAUAUUUGUCACUAGACUGUUAGCGAAAAAUACAUACACACAGUAAUGCCAUUCUUCCUUAAGAGUGCCUACAUCAAGAGUUCUGUCAUUCGGAGUGAUCAGGGCAAAGGGAUGCUAACUUUCUAUUGGAAUUUGCCUUUAGCUUGAUAUCAAAUCAGAUGUGGAAACAUUAAAAAUACUAAAACAGUAGAAUACAAUUUUUAAAUAUUUAUAUUCAUCCCAUGCACUGUAACAGAAAUAUCUCUUGCAUAUGUAUUUCUGUGUGCACUGUAAAUUUCUCUUGUAGAUUCUUAUUACACAUUCUUUUUAUAUGUAUAUUUUGUUUAUGGCAUCAGUGGUCAGCUGCCAUUCUCUUCUUAUAUGUCAUAUGUGUUGUAUGAAACUAUAGUUACUUCUGUUUGUUACAGUUGGAUUGUAUGAAUGAAGAAUGACAAAAAUAUGACUUGGUAUCUAAAUGAAAAUUCAUGUCAUUUAUGUGUAAGGUCUACACACAGCCAUAAAAAUUUAAAAUGUUUAAACACAUUUUAUGCUAUUCUGAUGCUGUCGAAAGCAUGUUUGAGCAAAGUAUUAAGUGACAGAAAACUGAUCAAAUUGACUUUUUUUUUUUCAUCUUAACAGCUGCAGUAGGCCCCAAAUUAAACUAAUGUUCUAAUUCUGUCAUAAGUCAUUUGAGAAUGACUCAACUCUUCAGCUAAUGAUCAAAACUUCAUAUACAUGCUGUGGGACAUUAAUCUUGUAACUAACAGUAGAAAAUAUUAAAGCAGUUUUUACAGAGUCGGACCUUGCCCAGAAUUUAAUACGGUUUCCUGCUAAACCAAUCAUUUUGCUAGAAUCACCUAUUGGCAUGUAAACGACCAAUCAAUUUAUUAUGUGCCAUCACGUCACCACAUAAUAAACUCCGUGCUGGGCGGAUUACAAGUAAUCUGUGAAUCCACAAGUAAUCCAUGAUGCUGAUAGAGGUCUAGGACCUCCAUCAAUGACAGACUCAUAUAUGUUUGAGUUUAACAGGCAUUCAAGAAAUAUGUUGAAUUACACUUAAAUUCUUUAAAAAAACGUAAACUAUUUGAAUACUCUUUUAUGGUAUACUACUUGUAAGAUUGUAUACGGUGUCUUGUUUUUUUUUUCCUUUCUGUUAUUUGUUGCAAAUUGUUUGUUUGCAUUGCAAAAAUCACGAGUUUAAACUGUACAGUGUGGGUUAAUUGUUGUUUUACAUUGAAAUGCAUCAUUUUAUUUCAUAAAAAUAAGAAUGGAUCUUGAAUUUAUUGUUAAAAGGUGCACUCAGUAGUUUUUCCCCAUUAAAAAAAGUUUACUCCUAAAGACAUUAAUUGUAAUUUUAUAAAACAUAUGAAUAAAAUCACGAGCACGCACAUGAGAUGAGGACUCUAGUGAUAUCAGUAACUUUAUAAAAGCUGUUAAAUUCAACAUGGGGCAGGAUAUUUAGAUGUAAUCCUAGAAAAUUUUCUUUUUAAGAAUGUGCUUUUUAUCUGUACUGUGUUAUUUAAUAAAUGGGAGGUCCAUUUAAAUAAGAAAUAGAAUGCACCGAUUUCAUCAUGAGCAGGAUUAACUAAAUUAAAAAAAAGAAAUUAGUUUGAAAGGGCGUGUGUUGUGCCUGGCUGGGGCCUACCCCACUUCGCGCACAGUAACGCUGUAUUUCCGCUAGAUGGCAGUAAAAACCCGGAAAAUUCGUUCAAAGGCUUCACCCUGUUCACUGAGUGGACAAAUCUCGUUGUUUUACCUGUAGAUGGCACCAUAGACAGAAAUUAAACUCAAUGGCUUCCAAACCUCAUUUUAAACGUCUUUGCCAAAUGGCCACAGAUAUAUUGGUGUUUCUACACAACUCGUGUCAUUUAACACGUUGAUAUGUCAUUUUCUUGUUCUGCUUGAAUGUAAAAUCAGUAUGAGUAGAAUUUUACACUACCGUAUGAGCUACUCACGAAAUAAUGAAAUUUAAAAAAAAAAUAUAUUUGUCAUUUAAACGAUAUUGUACAAAUUCCCAAAUGUGUGUUUAAAAUGGAUGAUUCAUUUUUUUAUUAUAGAUUUUAAACCCAACCUGAUCUGCAGUACUGUGUAAAAUUGUUAGGCACAUAAGAUGUUUCACAAAAACAUUUGUCUUAAGAUAGUUAUUUACAUAUUCAGCUUUAAUGUGUAAAAAAUUUAAAUGUUAGACUCCCAAACAUUACUUUUGCAAAUAGAAAAGAUUAGAAGAACAGGGAGCCCUGCAAUAGAUGUCAUGUCUCCCACAAAACACACACUGAACAUUGUGUCAGUCUGAGAUUACAUAGAGACAGAAGCAAUUGUUACUAAAUAAGAUGAAUUUGAUAAAGAAAGAAGCUUGGAACAUCCUAUCUGCCAAUAACCAAGAAAAACUGUGUCCUUGUGUACCUAGGAGAAUUUGUUUGUGAAUUUGUGUGCUGUUUUAAAGGCAAAGGUGGUCACACCGAAUAUUGAUUUAGCUUUUUUAUGUUUAAUGGACUUUGUAUGAUAUUAGG